AUGGAGCUCCACGAUUUUCUGAAAGAUUUCAAAGUCUUAUUUGCUCGUGCUCUCAAGUUGGAAAACGUUGGUGAUAAUAGUUUUCGAAGUAUAUACUUAUGGACGCCUUUUCUUUCUAAAGCGACGUACGGUGGACAGUUGGUGGCACAUUGUACUGAGGCCGCAUACCGCACAGUGGAUGCUUCUAAAAUGAACAUCAACAGCCUUCAGGUGAAGUUUGUCUCUGCUGGAAAAAGUGAAUGUGGGGAACAGAUACUAUACACUGUGAAGUCAUUACAUAAUGGUCGCUCUUUUUGUACAAGACUUGUAACCGCUACUCAACAGGAAAGGAUAAUCCUAGUUGCGUUUGUUGGAUUUAGUAAACGAGAACGUGGGGGUAUUGAACAUCAGAUGUGCAGUCCCUUCUGUAUGACAGGUGCUUCUUCGGCUACAGGAAGAAGAAAUUGUUCCAUUUCGAAAUAUAUAGAGCAUUUGGAAACCUCAUGCAAGCAGCAGGAAGUAGAGUCUGAAGAAAAAGAUAUUGCUCAGGUGAAAUACUUAAACUUCAUGGAUCUUUGCAACAUUCAGAGUAUAAACCCGUGGGACGUUUGGUUACGGCUUAAUGUUGAAGGAUGGAAUUUGUUGAAAUCUAGGAGUGGUAUCCCUGAAGAUCGGUUACACAUAAUUGUGGCAUGUUGGCUCUCAGACUUUAUUUUGGCGUUUGCAUCACUGUUUCCUCACGGUUUCCCAAAUUCAUCCCUUCGCUUUAUCACAAGCCUUGACCACACAAUCCACUUCCACCACCCUGAAAAUAUUCGCGUUGAUGACUGGUUCCUCUAUGAAGUCUACAGUCCUUGGGCGGCGCAUAGCAGGGGAUUAAAUGAGGGUCGCAUGUACGGACGGGAUGGAUUGCUGUGGAUGAGUACUUCUCAACAGACAGUUCUGCGCCUCUCAAAGGAUUACUACUCUAAGCUUUAG